AUGGAGGUUGGAAACAAGUAUGAGCAUCUGUACAAGAUCCUCAUCAUCGGCGAGCUGGGCACCGGCAAGACGUCCAUCAUCAAGCGCUAUGUUCACCAGUUCUUCUCGGCUCACUACCGAGCUACCAUCGGGGUCGACUUCGCGCUCAAGGUGCUCCACUGGGACUCCAACACCAUCGUGCGGCUGCAGCUGUGGGACAUUGCCGGUCAGGAGAGGUUUGGCUCAAUGACGCGUGUGUACUACAAGGAAGCGGUGGCGGCCUUCAUCGUGUUUGACGUCACGCGGUCCGUGACCUUCGACGCCGUCAUGAAGUGGAAGAACGACCUCGACGAGAAGGUUCAGCUGCCCAACGGUGACCCCGUGCCCUGCGUGCUGCUGGGAAACAAGUGUGACCUUCCGAAGGAGGGGCUGGCGGCCAGCCCUGACAAGGUCGCCGAGUGGGCACAGCAGCACGGCUUCGCCGGCUGGUUUCAGACCUCAGCCAAGGAGAACAACGGCAUCGAGGAGGCAGCCCGCUUUCUCGUCAGCAAGAUUCUGGCGCACGAGAAGAGCGGCAACCUGGGCGGUGGAUGGGGACGAACCCUGACCGUGGAUGGCCGUGCAGGACGGCGCCAGAUUCCAACGGGAGCUGCAGCGGCCUAG